AUGUUCCCAGAUACAAAACAGCAGAUUAAAUGCAUUGCAGAUAUAAUCGCUACUUUUCACUGGCGAAAAGUCGUAGCAAUUUAUGAAGUCGAUGAUUCGGGUGCUUUUACUCUGUUAUCAGAUGAGCUGUCAGCCGUUGGUGUUGAAAUCGAGCACCGUUUGGUUCUCCCGCCGUUUUCCUCUCUAUCCAACCCGAACACUUUCAUUCGCCAAGAAGCUAAAAAACUGUUGACCAAACAGGCCCGCGUUUUUGUAGUCCUCAAGACAUCACUUGAAAUGAGUGUUGUUUUAUUUAAGGAAGCAAAUGAGUUGGGUCUUGUUCAGAAAGAUUCUGCAUGGAUAAUAUCGGACCCUUUAGCCGGUCUACUGGAUUCUGUUAACUCGUCGGUUAUUUCCUCAAUGGAAGGCGCUAUAGGUGUGACGACCCUUUUUUCCGAAAACGGGAGACUAUUUCAAGAGUUUAAUCAAAACUUCCGGCGAAUUUUCCGGUCGGAUUAUCCGGAGGAAGAUAAUUCCGAGCCGAGCAUAUACGCUCUGCGGGCAUAUGAUAGCAUGAAUGCCAUCAUAAUGGCUGCUAAGAAAUUCAACAGUGGCGGGUCGAAUUUGGAAGCUUUGAUAUCGACUGAUUUCACGGGUUUGAGCGGGCGUAUUAGCUUCGGUGGUGGAGAGUUACUAGUACAGCCGUUUGCCGUCAAAAUUGUGAAUGUGGUCGGUAAAAAAUAUAAAGAGGUGGGGAUUUUAUCGUCGAAUACUGAGGAAAGACCAGUAAAGUGGUAUGCAUUUGAUUUGAUAAACUGGCCGGGGGACUUGAGGAGGGUCCCAAAGGGUUGGUCCAUGCCUAAUGAAGCUAAGCCACUGAGAAUCGGAGUACCCGGUAGAACUUCUUUCGAGAAAUUCGUAAAGGUAAGUGGGAACCCGAGCAUACAACAUAGUUAUAGCUAUACCGGGAUUUGUAUCGAUAUUUUCUUCGAGGUGUUGAAGAUUGUAGAGAAAGAUUACCCGCUUCCUUACGAAUUUGUACCAUUCCUAGGCACUUAUGACGAGCUCGUUAAUUGUGUUGCUAACAAGACUUUCGAUGCUGUUGUUGGAGAUGUUACGAUACUUGCGAACCGGUCGAGUUUCGUGGAGUUCACUCAACCGUUCACCGAGUCAGGGCUGACAAUGUUGGUGACUGUAAAUUCACGAGCUCCGAACACUGCUUGGAUAUUUGUUAAGCCUUUCAGUGGUGGAAUGUGGGCUGUUACUGGUGCCGUUUUGCUGUAUACGGUUUUAAUCGUUUGGCUUUUGGAACGUGAAAUGAAUCCUGAAUUCGAAGGGCCGUGGUGGAAUCAGCUGAACACCGCUCUCUGGUUCACGUGUUGUUCACUAUUCUUUGCUCACAGGGAGAAGGUAUACAACAACUACACUCGUAUAGUUGUGCUCGUGUGGCUCUUUGUAGUGCUCGUCCUGACCUCGAGCUACACCGCCAGCCUGUCGUCACUGCUCACCGUGCCCCGCAUCACACCGAGCGUCUCGGAAAUCCAGCUGUUGAAGGACCAAAAUGCAAAAAUCGGGUGUGAUGGGGAUUCGUUUGUCCGCGAAUAUUUGGAAAACGUGCUCGGUUUCCAUCCGGACAACAUCAGGACGGUCGACAGUGAAUACAAAUAUCCAAAGGAAUUCGAGACGGGCAACAUAUCCGCAGCUUUUCUCGAGCUUCCUUAUCAGAAGGCUUUCCUUAAUCACUACUGCACGGGAUACACUGUUGCUGGCAACACGUCUAGUGUCGCUGGAGACAGAUUCGGAGGACUGGGUUUCGUAUUCCAGAAAGGGUCGCCUAUAACGGAAGAUGUGUCCCGAGCAAUUUUGACCCUAUCAGAAAACGGGAAUCUGAAGGAGCUGGAGCUCGAGUAUUUUUCUCCUACCCGAAAGUGCGUGCAGAAUGCGGAUAUGAUGGACAACUUGAGCUGGGAAAGCUUUUGGCACUCUUCGUUUUCUCUGUUGGGACUUCUGCAAUUUGUUACCUGCUCUUUUCGGUUCACCAGCUUUAUGAGCAGUGGCACAGGGAAUAACAAAAGUAGCUAG